AUGCUAAUUCCAUUACGGCGGCAUAACGGAUUCUUUUCUGCUUCCUUUUUCUGCCUCAUUCCACUCCUGCAAUUUGUCUGUCUGAUAUCCACAGACUCAAGGAGGGGCUGGUACUCGCCUUCAUCACUGCCCCCUAAGAGCAGUCUGGACACUCAAGACCCUCUGGUUCAAAGGCUCAUUGGCAAGAGGAGAGUGGUGGUAUCACGAUGGGGUCCACACCAUGCAGAGUACCACAGCAUUUCAAAGGGUUACCAAAACAAUCGCAUCCGGACCACCAAGUACAGCCUUAUCAGUUUCAUACCCAUGAAUCUGUUCCAGCAGUUUCACAGAGCGGCAAAUUUGUACUUCUUGUUCCUGGUGUUGCUGAAUUGGGUUCCAGUGGUUGAAGCAUUUCAGAAGGAAAUUACUAUGAUCCCCCUUGCAGUGGUGCUCACCGUCAUUGCUUUUAAAGAUGCCAUGGAAGACUACAGACGUUACCGCUUUGACAAGAAAAUAAACAACACAUUGACACAUGUCUACUGCGGAAAGCAGCAGAGGUAUGUGGAGCGUCGCUGGGCAGAGGUGUGUGUCGGUGAUCUGGUCCGUCUGUGUUGUAAUGAGAUCAUUCCUGCUGACAUGGUGCUGCUUCACUCAUCUGAUUCUAAUGGCGUGUGUCACAUUGAGACGGCCAACCUGGAUGGAGAAACUAACCUUAAACAGAGGCAGGUGGUUUGUGACCUGCCACAACAGGAAUCAGAAUUUAUUCCUGAGAACUUCAACAGUUGCAUUGAGUGUGAAAAUCCAAACAAUGACUUGAGACGGUUCAGAGGCUUCAUGGAGCAUCCUGGUAAAGUUCGGGUUGGACUACACAGUGGAAAUCUGCUUCUGAGGAGCUGCACUGUGAGAAACACAGAGACUGUGAUUGGCAUUGUGGUCUAUGCAGGUCACGAGACAAAAGCAAUGCAGAAUAACAGCGGGCCACGCUAUAAGAAAAGUAAACUGGAGCGUAGACUCAAUAUAGACGUACUCUGGAGUGUUGCUCUACUACUGCUCAUGUGCCUUAUUGCUGCUGUAGGUCAUGGUCUUUGGUUGAGUGGACUAAAGGAUGCCAUCUUCAUGAUUCCUGAUGAUGCGCCCCCUGCUUUAGCAGGCUUUUACAUGUUCUGGACUAUGAUCAUUGUUCUACAGGUGCUGAUUCCAAUCUCCCUCUAUGUGUCUAUAGAGAUUGUGAAGCUGGGACAGAUUUAUUUUAUCCAGAAUGAUUUAGAUCUGUAUAACCCACGACUGGACACAGGAGUGCAGUGCAGAGCCCUGAACAUCACAGAAGACCUGGGACAGAUCCAAUAUCUUUUCUCCGACAAGACUGGAACCCUUACAGAGAACCGCAUGUUGUUCUGUCGGUGUACUAUAGCAGGAACUGAGUACCCUCACCAUGAGAACGCGCUUUCCCUGGAACAGUAUGAGCAGGCCUGUGGUGAUGCAGAUCCCUCACACACACUGAGAUCGCACUCUAGCAGAAAGUUUCUGAGCUGUAAAUCACUCAGCCGCAACCGGAGUUCAGUGUCCCGCAAUACCCUCACUGCAGAAUCUGACACGCACUCCACCCAAGACACACUCCGCAGACACACACCUGGAGCUUUCAGCAGCACCACGGAGUGUGCUGUUGUUCCAGACCCUCAGUUACAGGUGAGGCUGGGUGCCUUGUUUUCACCCAUGCAUUCCCCUCACCAACAGGAAGCUGCUGAACUCUCUCAGAUCCUGGACUUCUUUCUUGCUCUGGCUGUAUGCAACACUGUGGUAGUUUCCUCAUCCAAUCAGCCAAGACACAUGGUUCAGAUGCCUGUGGUCCUCACUCCCCUGCGCUCUCUGGAGGAGAUGAAGGCCCUGAUGCAGAAACUGAAUCUGCCUCGCUUUCCAUAUUCACCAAACCAUAGCACAGACACCCCUUCUAGCCUGACCAAGAAACUCUUCUUCCGGGGUCGUUCAGCUCCACAAACACUCAUCACGACCCUACAGUCACCUACCACACCCAUUUGCGCCUCUUCAAACACUUCCUCCUACCCCUCGACUGUGGCACUGAUGCACAGUGGGGCAUGGGAAGAGAAUGUGGAGGACUUACAGCAGGCCAAAGAUGAUGGUGCUGAUGAGACUGACAGCGAUGAUGAGGAUGAGGCAGAAGAGUUGCUGUACGAGGCAGAGAGUCCAGAUGAGGCAGCAUUGGUGCAAGCAGCAAAGGCUUAUGGGUGCACUCUGCUGGGCCGGUCCCCAGAGCAAAUCCUUAUGGCUAUUCCAGGCACUGGGCCGCUCUCCAUCCCUCUGUUACAUGUACUACCAUUUCAUUCUGCACGCAAGAGGAUGUCUGUGGUAGUGCGGCAUCCCUUCACUGGAGAGGUGGUGGUGUACACUAAAGGAGCUGAUAAUGUCAUCAUGGAGCUGGCUGAUGAAGGUGAAGAUGGUAUCUCUAGAGCGGUUAUAGAGCGGACACAGAGAGACCUGGACCAGUAUGCAAGAGAGGGACUGCGCACUCUCUGUGUUGCUAAAAAAGUGUUGGAAGAGCAGGAAUACAAAGUCUGGUUGAAGGGUCAUGAGAUUGCCGAGACCAGCAUUGAAAACAGAGAAGAGCUUCUGCUUGAAUCUGCCGAGCGACUGGAAAGGAAUCUUACAUUACUGGGGGCGACGGGUAUAGUAGACCGCCUCCAAGAAGAAGUUCCUGAGACCAUUGAAGCUCUGCAGGAAGCUGGGAUUAAAGUAUGGGUCCUCACAGGGGACAAACAAGAGACAGCUAUUAAUAUUGCUUUUGCUUGCAAACUCCUCAGACCUACAGACCAGCUACUCACAUUCAAUUGUGACAGCAAGGAGGCUAGUGAGGCUCUACUUCAUAAUUUACAACAUGAGGUAAGACAGUUCACAAAGGGAGGCGUGUCUGAAGAUGAUUGGAGAAGUUGUGACUUUGUGCUGGUCAUUGAUGGCCGCACCCUGGACUUUGCUCUGCUGAAGGAGCUACAGGGGCCAUUCCUGGAGCUCACGUGCUGCUGUCGUUCGGUCAUAUGCUGCAGAUCCACCCCCCUGCAGAAGAGCCAAGUUGUACAGCUUGUCAGAGAUAAACUGAAAGUUAUGACCCUGGCUAUAGGUGAUGGAGCAAAUGAUGUUAGUAUGAUUCAAGUGGCAGAUGUGGGUAUCGGCAUCUCGGGCCAGGAGGGCAUGCAGGCGGUGAUGUCCAGUGACUUUGCCAUCUCGAGAUUUAAGUAUUUGAGAAAGUUGAUUUUGGUUCACGGUCAUUGGUGCUAUGCACGCUUGGCCAAUAUGAUCCUCUAUUUCUUCUACAAGAAUGUGAUGUUUGUGAACCUGUUGUUCUGGUACCAGUUUUUCUGUGGGUUUUCAGGCAGCACUAUGACCAACUCUUGGGUUCUAAUCUUCUUUAACCUGCUCUUCACCUCUGUCCCUCCACUCGUUUGCGUGCUGGACAAAGAUGUCUCUAGCAGGACACUCCUAGAUCUCCCUGAUCUCUACCAGUCUGGACAGAACUCUCAGGCCUACCUUCUCUCAACAUUCUGGCUGACCAUGCUGGAUGCUUUUUAUCAGAGCUUAGUGUGCUUCUUCAUACCUUACUUUGCAUUUGCAGGGUCUGAUAUUGGAGUGUUCUCCUUUGGCUCUCCAAUUAAUGGCUCCGCCCUCCUCAUCAUCCUCCUGCAUCAAGUCAUAGAGAGCCGCACACUGACAUGGAUACACGCUGGAUUGCUGCUCUUCAGUGUCCUGUUCUAUUAUUCCUUUGUUCUUGUGUUCAGCAUUAUAUGUGUGACAUGCAAUUCCCCUGCAAACCCCAUUGGCAUUGAGACAAAAAUGAUGUCUGACCCACUCUACUAUUUUGUAUGUGGACUUACCACUGUCCUGGCACUGCUGCCAAGGGUGCUGCUUCGUGUCUUUUGUAACACCCUCUGUCCUUCUGACCUGGUUAGAGCACAGAAAAUGGAGAAACUUCCUCCAGAAGGCUAUUUCUCUCUUGUUCGUCAGUGGAGGGACAACAAAACUGCUAAAAAAUUGUCGCCCAGACACAUCCCUCAAAGCCUCAGUGUGAAUGCUGACGCCCAACAUUUAACAGACUGUAUUCCAGAAGCAGGCGCUGUUCUCUUCUGACUGAUAACAAAAUUGCUGCCUUUAACCUUAUAAGCAUGGUCAUCAGUUGAAAUAAUGACCCUUUAUUUGUGCACUUUAAUGAUUGGCAAGUACGCCGACCACUCAGACUUCAAAGCUGGCUUUCCUCUGAACAAGACCUGUUUUCAAACACCUCAUGCUCACCUACUCACCAUCGGGGGGGUGGACUGCAUUGCAAACUCUGAGUCUAGUGUGACGUCAGUUUUAUAUAGACUUAAAUGUGGCCUAGCAUCUGCUGACUGAUAAGCAGAGGUUUGUUUGCAUGUCACAGGCUGUGCCUGUGGCCUUUUGAAUUUCAUAUGCACUCCAGCACCACACAAGAUAUGUGGAAAAUACUGUACCUCAGCUGUUUGGAUAGAUUUUAAAUGUUUUGGGUCGCUACUGUGCUCCUACUGUAAUGCAGUGCUCAAUUUUUGGUUAUUGAGUCUAAAAUAUUCUGAGUUGCACCGUUGCUUUGAUCAUGAUUAUGGAAAAUGAGAUUCGCACUUCCCUUGACACCAAAUACACGCAGAACUCGCACUCAUAUGUCCCCAAAUAAUCUUCUUUUUAAACUUUUACAUUCAAUCGACUAGUAAAUUACCAUCUUCCUCUCUGGUUGAGCUAGUCUGCAGAAAUUGUCAAAUAUGAAAAAUGAUCAUGAUUUACAGUUCCAGUAGCAUCAAUUGAACAUUUUCAGGUGACUGACUUUUCUUCAGCAAUAAUCAUUGUUUGAUGGACACUUACAAUGAAAGAAGUGAAUUGAAGGGAUGAACAGCCUGAAUGUUGGAAUAAAAAAGUGUAUAUGUACUAUAUACUUAUUUUUGCUAAUCUGGUAGUCUCUAAGUAAUUAGGAAAUACGUUACUGUUUCUUGCUCUUUGAAGUCUUAUUAUGGAGAACAUACUGCAAUGCCUUUACAGUUGGGAGAGUAUGAUUUUUUCCUAUUCAGGAAUAAAAUUUAAUUAAAAGAAAAAUGAGCUAAUGUGUUUGUAACUUGACAUCCUUUUGUAUUCAAUUCCUGUGUUCAUGCUGAAAACCAAACAUGCCUACCAGAUGAAUUACAAAUGGACAGAUUCAGUAUUUUACGCCAAACAAACACUAAUUUGAAAAAAGUUACAAAAAAAUAUUAUUAUGGCAGAAAUGUUUGCUUGAGUUUUGAAAGUGAUAAUUGAUCUUGGAUGAUUUCAAGUGACUGACUUGGAAACCUAUUAUGUGUUGUCAUUUAUCAUGUAAAUCUGAUGUAAGCCAUUUGUACUAUUUUCAAAAUUUGUAAUAAACACUCAA